GAAUGCAAUGUCCUUUGAUCUAGACACGUGUAACAUUCUAGCUUAAUUUAAUAUAUCCAGCAUUCAGUGCCAAACCUCUAUAGGCAAUGUGAUUUCUAGACAACACAAUGGAGCCGUUGAUACAUUCUAUCAAUUCUACAAAAUUCAGUCCUGGCUACUUGCAAUCAGAGUUACAAACAUGACAGUCUCAAAGAUUCUUUGUUUAAAUUUAUUCCUUCUCCUGUCUGUCCAUGGAUUGGAAGUUGUUGCUAGGAUUCGGUUCCAGAGCUCGCACUACAUUGUGAGCGAGGAGAGUCCCUCUAUUUGUGUGGCAGUGGAGAACAUGGCCCCUCCUUCCUUAGAAGACUUUGCCGUCAGUUACUCCUACGAUUCUGUCUUGGUUGGCUUACAGGAUGAGAUGGCCAUGUCUCCUUCUCUUCAGGGAAGUCUGCGGUUCCGUGCCGGGAGCAGUGUCAGUAACCUCUGCUUCUCACACAUGGAUGAUGAUAUUGCGUGCGAACCUGACAUCAUCGGACACAUUAGACUCAUAAACAGCAGUGCCGUUAUUGUUGUCGAGCCCUCUAUUGCCAUGGUGACUAUCGAGGAUGAUGAUCCUGCUUCAAUCGGAUUUCAGAGCUCUUCAUACAGCUACACGGAGGAUCAAGCCAAUACAAAUGUGAUUGUGGAAUCUUCCCACCCAUCUUUGCCCAUCACAGUUCGAAUUAGAGAAGCCCAACACUCUGGUGUGUUUGUGUCCCAGUCCCUGACUGUCCCUGACACACUCCUCCCCAUCGACAGUACUCAAGAGACAUUCCAACUCAGUCUCCAUGACGAUGAAGUUGCCUUGGAAGCACCGGAACUAAUAAUACUAGAGUUGUCAUUUUCUGAUCCUCAGUCUGCUUGUUCCUCGUUGGAGCUCUCUCCGUACAGCCAGACACAGAUCACCAUUGUAGACAACGAUGUGGUUGCAAUUGGGCUUACAGAGAGUACAGUGACCGUCCUAGAGAGUGUGAGGAGUGUAGUGGUGUGUGUGAGGAUCUCAAAGAGGAUUGCUCGAGCACUGGCUUUCCGAGUGACAACAAGAAAUGGAACAGCUAAAGGAGGAGAAGACUAUGGCUCAAUAGACCUAGCUGGACAAUUUAUGCCUCUCUCCGAACAGACACAGAUCUGCUACGAGAUACCAAUCACAUUCGAUAGCGUUGUAGAACAAACAGAAGCCUUUUCAGUCCACCUCACCAUGGAAACCAAUCUACCAAAUGAAGUCAGCCAAAAACUGAGUGUCACUAACACAGUCACCACGGUUAACAUCCAAGACUCGAGCAACUGUUUCAGGGUGGUGCUUGACGGAGCAGCAGGCGGUGAAUCGCGACAGCACUAUGUGCCUGAGUCCACCACUGUGUGUUUUGACUGUGCUGCUUACAAACCAAUGGUAGGGGGAAGUACAUCGAUGUCGGUGCUAUGGUUACUUGACGGUGAUCAAGUUACAAACAACGAGCGAUUCUCCAAUGGUUAUGUACUGAGCAAUGGUACUCUCAUGAUCACAGACUCAAGUAGGAGUUUCGAUUUCCAGCAGGAGACAACUAUAGGCUGUGCUAAUGGCCUUGAAGACACUACUAGUGUGCAACAAGAAGUGGUCAACUUUAACGUCCUUUUAGGAGUCCCUCCCCAAGCCAUCAGUCUAGUGUCGUCCGGUCCCUCUGAUUCCGCCCCCCAAAUGCUCACCUGUUUGUACGAGGGUGUACCUGAACCCAAUGUGGAGUGGCGUCUCAACGACAAACCAGUGACGAGUGACCAAAAAUCGGUGGAGUCAGAUGUGCUUGAAGAAGAGAAUAGAUACAAAUCAGUACUCACUCUACCUAAAGAAGGUGUGACAGAGGUGUCAACGUAUGCGUGUGUCUGUCGGAAUCUGUUUGGCACUUCACAGAGAACUAUUAAACUGAGGAAAAAACCUGUGUCCUCAGGAAUCAGUGGGAGUGUAACAGUGACUUCUACUGGACUUCUAAUUCUUUUGUUAGUGAUUGUUGUUUUAUGAUAAUCUCAUGCACAUGCACCAUCAUGCAUUUUCAUUUCAAUCCAUCAUCAUUAGUUUUGUGCUCAUCAAUCAGCAUAAUUAUAUGCUCUCGUAAAAGCUUCACUGUUGUAAAGGACAAUUUUAUUGUCUUGAAGUUUGUUUAUACAAUGUUAUGCACAUAAAAACAACUGUCACAACACAAUAUUUAUGCGUUUUAAUAGAUACAUUGUUUCUCUAAGUGA